AAAACCAGGGCAUCAUUUCACUCUCAGGAGCGAAACAAGAACCCGAGCCGCAACUGGUAAGUAAGGGGAAACACGAAAACAGAGAACAGAAAACACCUCUCUACACAAAGAGUUGUGGGUGUCUGGAACAGGCGGACGCGGAAUAAGGAAACGUUGUAUCUCUUUUUUUUUUACACACGGACAAAUUGGCAAGUCCAGGAGUUAGUCUUACGUAAAGAAAUGUCGCUUAAGACGUCGUGUACAGAGUUUGGAAAGAAGACUUUAGAAUCGUCGCCUGGACGUGAGGACGUGAGGUAUUAUAGGUGAUUAAAAAAAAUACGAGCGACAGACCCUCGUCACGUGAUAGGUGUGGGGCCCGAACCCUGGUCACGUGUGCCUUCGCUUCGCCUUCCUUUUCCGUUGGCAUAGUUGCAGCUGUUCGGUGUGGGGCUGUUCGGAGUGGUUGAAAUCGUACGCUUUUACGAAAUAUUACUUAACAUCGCUAGUCAGUGUCACCGGGUUUCGGUUUUAAACUCAGAAUCUUUUUUAAAAAAUAUUUAUUCCGUCGUGUUUAUUUCCUGGCGGGUAUUGCUGAGUAUUGCUUCAGUAUGUCGGCGGUGCAGCGGAUGAAAGUCGCAAACGAGAAGCAUAGCAAGACCAUCACCCAGCGGGGACACGUCCAGAAAACCACGCGCACAGUCAAUGAGGACCACUCUCCUGUGGGCCCUUGGCUUCUGGCGCUGUUCGUCUUCGUCGUGUGCGGCUCUGCCAUCUUCCAGAUCAUCCAGAGUAUUCGUCAGGGUGCAUGAGAGCCACGCCGUGCUGCGCUGCAGGAGGAGCUGUCUCUGGGAAUGAGCACCUGCCAGAAGCUCCCUGCCCACCCCUUUCCCUCACUGUCCUGCUCCCCUCCUCUUCCUCCAUUAAAGUCUGACCCUCUCAAAAGGCACCCCUGUGAGUAGGAAACUGCCCCAAGGCUCAGGUUCGAUCUGGGGGUUUCAAAUUCUGUUUGUUCUGAGCCUCAUUUCACAUCCUGGAUCUUACCAAGUAGGGCUUCUCAAUCCCACUUCUGGGUACCCCAUUUCCCACUGGUGCUUUUCACCUUUACUCCUGGUAGCUUAAUGUGAUCCCUUCACUACUGAUCUGAUCAACUAGAUCUUUGUCAUUUCUUCCCACUCUCCACAUUCUUGCUGUUAUUUUAAAAAUAAAAAUCUAUUUUCGCUGUUCCUGAACUGACAACAAUUCUAAAACAAACAAAGGGCAAAUACAUUGUUACAUCUUGGACUGGAGUAAGAUCUCAGACGGACCUGCUAGACCCAGGUGUCAGACAGCGCUGGACUGGGGGGUCCUGCUCUAGAGCCAGCUGUAUAGUCAAGAGUGGGGCCAUGGGGACUGAUGGAGUCCACCAGGGGGCGCUGCUUCAGGUCCGAGUGACCAGCAGGCAGUGGAUACGGUGUGUACAGUACAACUGUAGGAAACUGUUCAGUGUCCACACUGUCUGUUCAUGUCAGUCAGCUCCCUAUGGCCCUGUCUGAGUGUGGACCCAAUCUCUCUGCUCCACAGUGCCCAGUCCUCCCCACACGGGACAACUGACUUCGAGAGUCCCUUGUGUAUACUGGUGAUGAAGCGGCCCCUGAUGUCCGCUGUCUGUCCAUGGCAGUGUGUUUCUUAUGUUCACCCCAGUCUUCGCUGUGCUACAAGAGCAACUGACCCUGAGCGCCCUUCAUUUGAUUUUUAACUACCUUUCUUACUCACCUGCUCACUUUUAUAUUUCAUUAUCUCCCUGUUUUUUUGAGGGGGCUCUUCAGUUCAAUUUGCCUUUUCUAUCACUGUAAAUAAAUCCACUGUCCUCCUGAAAUCCCCAUUUCCCUUCCCUGCUGU